AUGAGUAUUCAGGAAGUGGACGACCUCGUGAACCGAGCUGUUCGAGACGCCAUUAAUCCAGCUUUGAAAGCGUACUUCCCAGUAACAAGCAAGCUGAGAGAAGAAUCGCUGGAAAGACAGGAGCUGCGAGACCUCGUUUACUCUAUUGUAGAGGACUUCAUUUGCUCGGCUUAUUUGUCACUGCCAACAGCGAGAUUUAUCUUGUUCUCCUGCCUACUGGCGGCGUCACCGUCCAGUACUUCCAGUUCAUCAGCCAAUCUCCGCAGCUCCCAGCCCAACUAG